AUGGUGCCCUUGCGAGUGGUGUGGCUGGCCUGGGUGCUGCUAGGAGAGGCGCGAGCAUGCCCAGAACCGUGUGCCUGCGUGGACAAGUAUGCACACCAGUUCGCCGACUGCGCCUACAAGGAGCUUCGCGAGGUGCCGGAAGGACUGCCAGCUAACGUGACCACGCUUAGCCUGUCGGCCAACAAGAUCACCGUGCUGCGGCGAGGGGCCUUCGCCGACGUCACUCAGGUCACGUCGCUGUGGCUGGCGCACAACGAGGUUCGAACCGUGGAGCGCGGCGCGCUGGCCGUGCUGAGCCAGCUCAAGAAUCUUGACCUGAGCCACAACCUCAUAUCCAGCUUUCCAUGGAGCGACCUGCGUAACUUGAGCGCGCUGCAGCUGCUCAAAAUGAACCAUAACCGCUUGGGGUCUCUUCCUCGGGACGCACUUGGUGCGCUGCCCGACUUGCGCUCCCUGCGCAUCAACAACAACCGGCUUCGUACACUGGCUCCCGGCACCUUCGACGAGCUGAGCGCACUGUCACAUCUGCAACUUUAUCACAACCCCUUCCAUUGCGGUUGCAGCCUCGUGUGGCUGCAGGCCUGGGCCGAGAGCACACGAGUCUCGCUACCUGAGAUUGACUCCAUUGCGUGCGCCACACCAACCGCGCUGCAGGGGGUUCCGGUGCACCGCUUGCCGGCUCUGUCCUGUGCACCGCCCAGUGUGCGUCUGAGUGCCGAGCCGCCCAUUGCGGCUCCGGGCAGCCCCCUGCGCGCCGGUAUGGCGCUCAUGCUACACUGUGUCACGGAAGGACACCCCACGCCUCGCCUACAAUGGCAACUUCAGAUCCCGGGUGGAAUCGUAGUCUUAGAGCCGCCGGUCCUGAACGGGGAGGACUAUGGGGAUGGGAUGGAAGAAUGGGACGGGGAAGGAGAUGGGGACGGGGAAGGAGAGGAGGACGGGCCGACGCAGACGGAGGCCCCAACCCCGUCUCCGGCACCAGCUUGGCCCGCGCCCCCAGCUACCCCACGUUUCCUGGCACUCACAAACGGCUCCUUGUUGGUGCCCCUCCUGAGUGCCAAAGAGGCAGGCGUCUACACGUGCCGUGCCCACAACGAGCUAGGUGCCAACUCCACGUCAGUACGCGUGGUGGUGGCAGCUGCCGGGCCCUCAAAGCACGCUCCUAGCGCAGGGGGAGACCAGGAUGUGCAGCCUCCGACCUCUGAGCGUAAGUCCACAGCCAAAGGCGGAGUCAACAGCGUCCUGCCCUCCAAGCCCGAUGGCAAAGUCAAAGGCCAAGGCCCAGCCCGGGGUAGAAUCCUUGGGGAGAUGGAGGUGGGGCCGGAGGAGGCUGGAGAGGGGGAAGGGGCGGAAGACCAGUUCUCCGCAGACCCAAUGGAGGAGCAGCGCUGCGGCCACGGGGACCCCUCGCGGUACGUGUCCAAUCACGCGUUCAACCAGAGCGCGGACCUCAAGCCGCACGUCUUUGAGCUGGGCGUCAUCGCCCUGGACGUGGCGGAGCGAGAGGCGCGGGUGCAGCUGACGCCGCUGGCGGCGCGCUGGGGCCCGGGGCCUGGAGGGGCUGGAGGAGUUGGGUUGCCUGGGAGGCGGCCCCUGCGGCGUCUCUAUCUGUGCCCGGCGGGGGGCGGCGCGGCAGUUCAGUGGUCGCGCGUGGAAGAGGGAGUCAACGCCUACUGGUUCCGCGGCCUGAGGCCUGGCACCAACUACUCUGUGUGCCUGGCGCAGGCAGGCGAGGCCUGCCACGUGCAAGUGGUGUUCGCCACCAAGAAGGAGUUGCCCUCCCUGCUGGUUAUCGUGGCGGUGAGCGUGUUCCUUUUGGUACUGGCCACCGUGCCCCUGCUGGGAGCCGCCUGCUGCCACCUGCUGGCCAAACACCCGGGGAAGCCCUACCGCCUGAUCCUGCGGCCGCAGGUUCCCGACCCCAUGGAGAAGCGCAUCGCUGCCGACUUCGACCCGCGUGCCUCCUACCUCGAGUCCGAGAAAAGCUACCCAGCAGGCGGCGAAGCUGGCGGUGAGGAGCCAGAGGAGGCCCCUGGAGAGGGCCCUGACGAAGACCCAGAGCAAGGGGACCCAUGUGGGGACUUGCAGAGGGAGGAGAGCCUUGCGGCCUGCUCGCUGGUGGAGUCCCAGUCCAAAGCCAACCAAGAGGAGUUCGAGGCGGGCUCAGAGUACAGUGACCGUCUGCCCCUGGGUGCGGAGGCGGUCAACAUUGCCCAGGAGAUUAACGGCAACUACAGGCAGACAGCAGGCUAA